AUGAUCAACCGUGAACAGCUGUCAGAGAAGAUGAAGCAAUUCAGCCAUGUAGGCACAGUCCCCGAGUCUCCGUCAACCUUAUGUCGUGAGCUGUCGAAGAAUUUUCAGCAACCUUAUGAUCAGUGCAAUACGAAUAUACAUAUAUCGCGAUAUCAUGAAUAUCGUAGCAAUUCAAACAUGAGGCAGCCUGUUGCAGCACAUUCAGUUGCCUGGAAAAAUCACAGACGAGAGAUUCAGCUGGGUUCCAGCACAAUAGUUCGAAAUGGUUUAAAACAGGCACACACAUCCAUGCAACAUCCACAGCUGUCUAAAAUAAUGGAUGCGUGGGUCAAGCUUGUGUGCUCGUCGUUGCUUGUCCGCAAGCACAGUGUCUACGAUCCUGUAUUCGCUGGAAGUCUACGAUUCAGCGACAGCGUCCCCAUUGGCCAGUUUUGGAAUAUUCUCCGUAAUUUACACAAUCCAGUGAACGCAAUCCUUUCGCAUCAUUCUCGUUUUGAACAGUCGUCCUCCUGUCCUGGCGCAAUUAUUCAUGUGAAUCCAAACCAAAGGGGGAAAGCACUGGACUCGAGUUUCGCUCUUAGCUCAUCAGCAGUGCAUAUCCAACGGUCGUGCCGGCGUUUGAACUCCGGACACCUGACAUGCGAGGCAAACGUGUUACCACGAUUCCACCAGCGCACGUUGGACGUCGUAUCGAUGAUGUGUCGGGCACAUUUAUCACAUCGCUCAAGUGAGAACACGUUCACCCGUUCAGACGUGAGUAUUCAGAUGCGUCCAACGUGCGCUGGUGGAAUCGUGGUAACACGUUUGCCUCGCAUGUCAGGUGUCCGGUACGGACAUUGGAUAUACACUGCUGAUGAGCUCUAA